AUGUGCAAGUAUAUGACGAAGCCAACGGAAGCGUAUGAACCCAAUGUGGGUCAAAACUGGGAGAUGUCAGAUCAACGAGUUAUUAUCAACGUCAGUGGAUUACGCUUCGAAACUCAGAAAAGCACCUUGGGCCGUUUUCCGAAUACACUUCUGGGAUGUCCUUAUAGGAGAAAUCGCUACUACGAUGCACUAAGAAAUGAAUAUUUCUUUGAUCGCAACCGUCCGAGUUUUGACGCAAUACUUUAUUUUUAUCAAAGUGGUGGAAGAUUAAGACGGCCUGUGAAUGUCCCCAUAGACGUUUUCACGGAAGAAAUCAAAUUUUAUGAUUUGGGUGAAGAAGCAUUCGAAAAAUAUCGAGAAGACGAAGGAUUUAUUAAAGAAGACGUACAUGUGCUUCCGAAAAAUGAUUUCCAGCGCAAGAUGUGGCUUCUUUUUGAAUAUCCAGAAAGCUCAACUGCAGCCAGAUGCAUUGCAAUUAUUUCUGUCACGGUCAUUCUAAUUUCCAUCGUAGUUUUUUGUGUGGAAACACUUCCGCAUUUCCGGCAUUAUGAAAUUCAGCGGCCGGAAGACGAGUUAAAACCGGUUAUUGUCCCUGUUGAUACACCUCAUACGUCUGGGGCCUUUUUCAUCAUGGAAUCACUCUGCAUUGUAUGGUAUACUUUAGAACUCCUCAUCCGUUUUGCUUCCUGUCCACAGAAGGUAGUAUUUUUCAAACAGAUUAUGAACCUCAUUGAUAUAGUGUCUAUAAUUCCCUAUGCCAUUACCCUUGGCACCCUGGUGGCUGAGAAUACUAAGACACAAAAUCAAGCCAUGUCGCUGUCCAUUUUGCGAGUUAUACGCCUGGUGCGUGUAUUCCGAAUAUUCAAGUUGUCUCGCCACUCAAAAGGUCUCCAAGUUCUCGGACGUACCUUAAGAGCAAGUUUUCGUGAGUUGGGUCUUCUUUCAUUCUUUCUAUUUGUGUGCGUCGUCUUGUUCUCUGCUGCCGUGUAUUUUGCCGAAGUGGAUGCAACGGAGGAACAGUUUCCGAGCAUAAUUGAUGCCUUCUGGUGGGCUGUAGUCACAAUGACUACAGUUGGUUACGGCGAUAUGAGACCAGUCACAAUGUGGGGCAAAAUUGUGGGCUCGAUGUGUGCCAUUGCUGGUGUUUUGACCAUUGCCUUACCAGUGCCCGUAAUCGUAUCGAACUUCAACUAUUUCUACCAUAGAGAGUCGGAAGCUGAAGAUAAAUCGGUUUAUGUGCACCUGUCAAGUAAUAAUAAGGGUUUGGGUGCAUUGGAAGCUGUAAAUUCAUCGGAAGACGAGCAGGAGGAAGAUACUUGGAGUGCCUUUAGAUCUCCGAGUUCAUCGGACCCUAGUACAAAGAUAAAGAAGAAAACGGGAGCCGAAGGAGAAGUGCAAGCAGUUCGAAGCAUCCAUGCUCAAAGUGCUCCCGAAGGUGCCAAUUUUCUGAACGAAUUAGGAGAUUCUGAAGAAAAUGUAUCACUUGUUCUGAAACCAAGGCGCACUACCCAACCAUUUUUGCAUCUGAUAGAAACGCCAGACCGGUGCUCCGACGGAGCAGAAACCCAAGUUGACAAGCCCGGCACUAAAUCGGGAGCACAUCGCGCUAGUCAGGCAAAUACUAAUCCACCAUCGAUUUCCUAUCGUCAUCAUCACCAAGAAUUUCAAGAGGCCAUGCAGCAACAUGAAUUGCAAGCUCAACGAUUCAAGGAUAUUUAUCCGCAACAAAAUCCACCCGUCAAUCGCAAACGACCUUCUGUUUGCAUGCUCAGUCCGGCGGUGAGUACAGCCUGA